UGUAAAUAUUUUUAAAAUAUGAAAUUUAUAUUCAAGUAUGUUUCUCUUGAUACUCGAUCAAGUUUUAUCGUCAGUUUAUCGUGAUAUUUUAUUAUUUAUCAUUAUUUAUUAUCUAUAUUACCAACAGUUACAAUAUUUCACUGAGAAAUAAAUAUUUAUUUAUUUUUUUUUUUUUUAACGCAUAAAAAUUAAUUUUUAAAUAUGGACACAUUUUUUAAUGGUCCUUUGGGACAAAUUGCCGGUAUUGCUUUGGAGAAAUUAAGAAAUAAUAAUAAUUCUCCACGACGACCAUCGGAAUUGGAAACAAUUCAAUCAAAAUAUGAGACACUUGAAGCACAUUUUUUAGGUGUAACACGUGUUUUGAAACCGGCAAUUAAUUUAUUAAUUGAAAGUAAAUCAGCAGAUCGUGUAAAUAAAUCUGGUUUACAAGAAGCGACUUGUUAUUAUUUAGAUAUUUUGGGAAAUACACUAUUGAGAUCAGCAACGGCAAAAUUUUUAAUUCAACGUGCAAAAAAAUUGUCUCAAAUACCAACAAAAAAUAUUCAAUGUCCUUGGUUGAAUUUAGAAUUUUUGAGACAUCGCGACAAAGAUCAAAUUGAAUCCAUUUUUAGAUUUUGGGAACGAGCAACACGCGAAGUUCUUCCAAUCACUCAAUAUUGGGACAAAAGAUUGAGAAAAUCACUUGAAUCACGAUACGAUUAUCGUGAUGGUCUCUUCGAUUGGGAUUUUCAUAUGAUUUUAAAAAAUAGAAAUACUCCAAAUUUAACACAUCAAGAAUAUCGAUUUUGGAGAGAAAAUGGAAUAGCCUUCACUUGGAUUGAAGGCGAACCAUCAAGAAGUAAUCCAACAUUAAUUAGCAACAUUAUUCCCGAAGGAAAAGGAUUUCUUCAUUUCGCCUAUUUAGGUGAUAUCAAAAAUGGACCAUUUUUUACAUGGGCCCUUAACGAGGAUUAUACAAACAAAAAAUUGAGAUCCACAGACGUCGCUGAAAAAGAAGUGAUGAGAUCAAUUUACGAAAUUAGAGAAAAGGCGCCAAUGUGUGAAGAAAUAUUUUCAGCACACAGAGAUUCGACAAUUUUAACUGGAACAAUUGUCACUGAAAUGCCAUCCAAUGAAAUAGAACAAGAAUCAUGGAGCAAUGAUAAAUUUAAAAUUGAAACAAUCAAUUUAGAAUGGAUCGCAAUUCCUGAAAUCGAAAUUAUUUUUCAUCCAAUUGAAAAAUUGAAUCGUUUCAUGGAAAAAGAAGAAUUUCAUGAAAAAUUUUCAUUAAUUUUUCUCGCUCACAAUAUGACGAAACAAAUAUCAAAUCUUGUUCCUUUAUUAAAAAGAAAUUGUCCAUUUAUUGUUGAAUCGAGAAAAUUUUUAAUUGAAUUAAAAAAUGAAAAUUUAACAGAAUUUUCUGCUGAAUUGCAAAAUAUUGCCAAUGAAAAUGGCUUGAGAAAUGUGAAUAAUUUUGAUUCACAAAAACAAAUGUUUGCUCGAUUUUUGAAGACUUGAUCAAAGAAAAAAAAAAAAGGAAAAAAAGAGAAAAGUUUUUUUCUAUAAAUUUUUAUUUUUUUUUUUUUUUUACUUGUACCAAAAAAUUUUAGAAAAUUAGAAUAAAAAUUUAUUUCAAUUA